GGGGGUGCAUGAGGUGCAAAGAGAAUUUAGAUUUAGUGUGGGUGUUUUAACAGAAGAGUUGAAACAAAGUUCAGAACGGGUUUGUCCAUGAAAUCUCAAUAUGUCAAGGUCUGCAGAGAGGAAGAAGUCCUGGUGGGAAAGGUGCUGUUCGUGCUGUGCCAGUAAUCGAGGAGAGGACACUGAGGACUAUGUAUCAAGCUCUGGAGGAGGAUUUAUAGAUAGACCUGGAAGGCCUACAGACAGACCCAGGGACCCUGAUGGAUCAGGAAGGGGGACGGAGUCAGAAACAGGGACAGACACAGUUACAGGGCCAAGGACUGGGGAAGGCAGAGACAGAUCAGAUAGAAGUACUGACAUAAAUCUGGAUGAUUUGCCUUCUGGAGAGAUAAGCAAAACAGCACUGCAGAUUCAAAGUGUGGAUCUUCUUAAAAGUCGGAAUGGUGAGAACCGUCAAUCCCAUCACACAGAUCAAUAUGAAUAUGAGGACCUCAUAGUGCGCAGAGGGAAACCCUUCAAAAUAUGCAUUAACUUCAAGAGGUCAUUCAAUAUCAAGAGUGACCAGAUUGCUGUAAUUCUACAAAUGGCUAAUGGUCAACCAAUCACCUUGCCCCUGAUUAAAGAGUUUGAUGAAGGUGGCUGGGGUUGCCAGGUGUCAGAUGUCAGUGGUCAGAAAGUCAUGCUAUGGGUGAACACAUCUGCUCAGGCUCCAGUAGGAAAGUACCAGCUAUCUGUGCGGACACAGUGUCCAGGAGGAUCCUACGCUCACCCGACAGACUCAAGCCUCAAGGUCUACCUAUUGUUCAAUCCCUGGUGUCGCAUGGAUGCCGUCUUCAUGGACAAUGAAGCUUGGCUUCAGGAGUAUGUUCUAAAUGAGAAUGGACGUAUUUAUUAUGGCACUGAGUAUCAGAUUGGAGAACGAUCUUGGAGCUAUGGACAGUUUGAUAAAGGAGUGUUAGAUGCUGUGAUGUAUAUACUGGAUCGUGGAGGAUUGUCACCAACAUCUCGAGGUGAUCCCAUCAGUGUUACACGAGUUGUAUCUGCUUUGGUGAAUUCCAUGGAUGACAAUGGUGUGGUUGCUGGAAGCUGGGCUGAUGAUUACCCUGAUGGAGUGAAUCCAGUUGCCUGGGUUGGCAGUGUAGAUAUAUUGCUCCGUUUUCACCAGACAGGAAGCUCUGUCAAAUAUGGGCAGUGCUGGGUUUUCGCUGGUGUGACAACAACAGUACUGCGCUGUCUGGGGAUCCCAGGGCGCACCAUCACAAAUUUUGCCUCUGCUCAUGAUACUGAUAAAAACCUCACGUUUGAUGUUUACUUUGACGAGAACAUGAAGCCUUUAGAGGACAAAAACAGCGACUCUGUCUGGAAUUAUCAUUGCUGGAAUGACUGCUGGAUGACACGGCCAGACUUGCCCCCUGGAUACAGUGGAUGGCAAGCUAUUGAUGCCACACCACAGGAGACCAGCAGUGGUACAUACUGCUGCGGACCAUCUCCACUACUUGCUAUCAAGAAUGGAUUAGUUAAUAUAAAACAUGACACACCAUUCAUUUUUUCUGAGGUGAACAGUGAUAAGGUUUUCUACCAAAGAAUGGCAAAUGGGCAGUUUAAGAAGGUCCAUGUGGAGGAGCGAGCAGUGGGACAUUGUAUAAGUACCAAAGCUGUGGGCUCGAAUGCAAGAGAGGACAUCACCUACCUGUACAAGUAUCCAGAAGGUUCAGCAGAAGAAAGGAAUUCUGUCCGCACCGCUGCCCAGUAUGGAAACAAACCAAUGGCUGUAGCUGAACCAUUAACAUCAGAUGAUAUAGUCAUGACCGUUGAGUCUCAGGAUGGGGUUCUCACAGGCAGUGACAUCAAUGUUCGCGUGCUGCUGAACAAUCGCAGCAGCAGUCGACGAUCGUUGUCCUUAACCAUGUCUGUUGCUGUCAUGUACUAUAAUGGAGUCUGCAAAGAGUCAUUCAAAAAUGACACCCGUAAUGUUUCAAUAAAUCCAGGAGAAACAAAGUCUGUGGGUAUGCUUGUGAGUUACAAUGAGUAUCGCACGCAUUUGUUAGAUCAAGCAGCCAUGAUGCUUACCGUGUCCGGAAUUGUACAAGAGACGAGUCAGAAAUUAGCCAAACAGCAUACAUUUAGAAUACGUACACCAGACCUGGCCAUUACGGUACAUGGAGAAGCUGUAGUCGGACAGCAGAUCACGGCUGAGAUCAAAUUCCAGAAUCCUCUCGAGAUAGUUCUACACAAUGCAGUAUUCCACGUAGAAGGACCCGGUCUUCAGAGGCCAAAAACUGUACCAGUCGGUGAUAUUGGGCCCAGGAAGACAGUGAGCAUACAAGAGAAUUUCACACCACAACGUCCAGGUCCUCGCCAGUUUAUUGCCUCACUAGAGAGUAAUGAAUUGAACCAAGUGCAUGGAUCCACUGAAGUUGUAGUGCGUAGUAGCUGAGAUCAUUGGAAGCCAAACCAAGCCUAGAAGCAUCCUGCAUUACACAUUCAGUAUUAUUGGAUGACAGACCUACAGCGAUGACCUCAAACUUGAAAUAGUCUUCUAGAGAUUGUUACCCUAUUAAAGGUAACAAGAUGUAAUAUCGUGUUCCAUCCCAAAAAAUAAUGUGACGUUUUAUUGACCACUUCACGGAUCAUUGUGACUGUUAGAGACGUCUUAUGCCUUUGACAAAAGCAGAGAAAAGGAACUACCUAAAUGGAAGAAGAUUGCUCUUCUGAAACAUAAGUCUGUCUGGAUGUUGCUGUCAUUGUAGCUGUGGCUUGUUUGUUCUCUAAAAGGCACUGUAAUACUGUGAGCUCUUCUGACAAGGAUGUCUUAAUGUAGCCUUGACAACUCUUCUUCAACUAUAUUUGAUACAUGAACUUUGACAUGUGUUCCUUCUAAACUGUACACUCCAAAAUUAAAACAGUCAAAAGACAUAAUUUAAAAAUCCUUAGGAAUAUAUUAGGUAUAA